UUUUACCAGCCGAGCCGGUAAAGUCGCGCAAGCUCGUUUCCGGCUAUUCGGACGAUCUUCCGCAAUUCCAUCACCGAUAUAAAGCAUUUCAUACAUCAAGCAUUUCUUUUCGAUCGACACGAGUCGCUGACAGCGGUUUAUUUUAUUUCUAUUAUCUCUGAUUAUCCCUCAAUUGGAUCGUUGAAUUUUGACAGAAGCCGAAAGGAAGCGAAAGGGUUGAAAAACAUGGCGGAUAAAAUAUACUACCCCAAUCCGGAGAUCGUGAAAAGAUCGCAUUGCAGUAGCAUGGAACAGUACAGGGAGAUGCAUAGAAAAUCCAUAGAGGAUCCAGUGAAAUUCUGGAGUGAAAUUGCGAAGCAAUUUUAUUGGGAAACGCCAGCGAUAGAGGACAAGUAUUUCACAUAUAAUUUUAAUGUAGAUAAAGGUGAUGUUUUCAUAAAAUGGAUGGAAGGAGCGACGACGAAUAUCAGCUUCAAUUUGCUCGAUAAGGCUGUAAAGAGUGGACAUGGAGAUAAAAUUGCAUUUUAUUGGGAAGGAAACGAUCCAGAAGAUUAUUCGCGACUGACAUAUAAAAAGCUGCUCGAGGAGACAUGCAGAUUUGCGAACGUCCUCAAAUCGAAGGGUAUCACCAAGGGAGACAGAGUAGUGAUUUAUAUGCCAAAUAUCUUGGAGCAACCGAUCGCCAUGUUAGCUUGCACGAGGAUAGGGGCGGUUCAUAGCGUAGUGUUUGCAGGAUACUCGUCCGAUUCUUUGGCGGAACGCAUACUCGACUCCAAAGCUAAAGUCCUGAUCACUGCGGAUGGUGUAUGGAGAGGUGAGAAAUUACUUCUGUUGAAAAAUAUCUGCGAUGAAGCCUUGGAGAAGGUCAAGAAGCAGGAUUAUCAAAUCGAAUGCUGCAUCGUCGUUUCGCAUUUGAGAAGACUCAACAAUCCUCAGGGUAGGAUGAAUGGUGUGAACGGCACCAGCAAUGGUGAUACGGAGCUGACCAACGUUUCCUGGGACAAUGAUCGAGAUGUUUGGUGGCAUGACGAGAUGGAAGACGCAGAGCCGAGCUGUUAUCCAGUUUGGCUGGCUGCCGAAGAUCCACUUUUUAUCCUUUACACGAGCGGUUCUACCGGAAAACCAAAGGGUCUUCUUCAUACUACCGCAGGAUAUAUGAUCUUUGCAGCGACAACUUUUAAAUAUGUUUUUGAUUAUCAUCCUGGUGAUGUUUAUUUUUGUACUGCCGAUAUCGGUUGGAUCACAGGACAUACUUAUGUAGUUUACGGUCCGUUGGGAUGUGGUGCAACGUCUGUCUUGUUCGAGGGUGUACCUUUUUAUCCGGAUAAAGACCGAUUCUGGAAGAUCGUCGAUAAAUACAAGGUCACGCAAUUUUAUACGGCGCCAACUGCUAUCAGAUCAUUAAUGAAAUUUAACGAUGAUUAUGUGACAAGGAACAGUUUAUCCACACUUAAGGUCCUUGGCUCAGUGGGUGAACCAAUCAAUACCGAGGCUUGGCUCUGGUAUUACAAUAUCGUCGGCCACGGUAAAUGCAGUAUAUCAGACACAUUCUUUCAAACGGAAACUGGUGGUCACGUAAUUACACCACUACCAGGUUGCACACCUAUGAAGCCAGGCUCCGCGACAUUUCCGUUCUUUGGAGUUUUGCCGGAACUUCUCGACGAAGAUGGUCACAUAGUAGAGGGCGAAGGAGAAGGAUAUCUCGUUUUCCGUCAACCAUGGCCGGGUAUGAUGCGAACGCUUUAUGGAAAUCAUAAACGUUUUCAGAGUGCGUACUUCGAGCGAUUCAAAGGAUAUUACUGUACGGGAGAUGGAGCGAAACGCGACGCAGAUGGAUAUCUAUGGGUAACCGGCCGUAUCGAUGAUAUGUUGAACGUAUCUGGUCACCUAAUGUCAACGGCUGAAGUUGAAAAUGUAUUGGCAGAACAUUCUUCGGUAGCCGAGGCCGCAGUAGUCAGUAAAAAACAUACUGUUAAAGGAGAGUGCUUGUAUUGUUUCAUUACGCCGAGUGACGGGAAGACGUUUGACGAAAAAUUGCAAAUUGAGCUUAAAAAGAGAGUACGUGAAAGAAUUGGCGCUUUCGCUCAACCGGAUGUCAUUCAACAUGCUCCAGCUUUACCGAAAACAAGAUCUGGCAAGAUCAUGAGACGUAUGUUGAGGAAAAUUGCAGCGGGCGAAGAAGAUGUCGGAGAUACAACUACACUGGCCGACGAGACUGUCAUCAAGCUUCUUUUGGAAUUGAGGCCAAAAGUUUAAAAUAUUUCUCGCUUAUUAUAAAGAAAUGAAAGUAUCUUGAAAAAAUUUCUCGCAUAAUUUCGAUGAAUGUUGACAACGUGACGCACGAUUUACGGAUAAUUUCAUAAGAUAAAAAUAAUAUAUUUAGAUUGCACAUUGAAAAUAUCAAGUCGGUCUACGUAUUUGCACAAUAUUAGAGACGCAUUUCAAGAUCUUAUCUCAUUUAUUAAUUUGAUAAUUACUAACGUACAAAAUGUAUAAAUGAUAUUGUUGUCUCUUUUUUUAGUUAAUCAAAUUCUGUCUAUUUCUGUAUGUCACUCAAACUUUUAGAGUGAUAGAAAUAUAUGAAAGUUAUUAUUAUUCUUUUGACACGUCUCUUUUAUUUUUUCCUAUUUUUUCGAGGAGAAAAGAGAGACGUGUGAAAGGAAUAAAUUGUUAAUAGAAUUACCGGAUAAAUAGAAUUAAUUAAUUAAAUUAUUGGUCAUUCUCCUCAAAGAGUUGCGGCUGCGAUACAUAUCUUAUGUAAGCAUCGCUAAGUUGCCUAUAAAUGGUCCUUUUGUUAAGUUAUUUAAAUUUGAAAUUAGUUGCAAAACAGAAAACGCUCAAUACAAGGAAACUGUAGUACAUAGCACGGUAGUAGACGAUAGAUAAAAGGUUGGUUGCACAGAUACUAAUAAAUUGUAUUACCUAACAGAGAUGAGCAUAACACAUGACGCGUAUAUAUGUAACUUAUGGAUACUGCAAAAAGGCGGUAUUCUACUUCCUGCAAUUUAGUGUAUAUAUAAUAUGUUAUAAUUUUAUUUAUGUAUACACACAGGGUGUCUAUAUUACUUGAUGUAUUGUACUUCGUUUCAAUUACGUAUUCAUUGAUAAAUUUUUAAAGUUGAGAGAUUUUCUCUCUCCACCAUUCAAAGUAUAGCGUGAUUGAAAGAAGAUACAAAUAUAUUUAUGAAUGAAAGUUGCUUCGUGCUCCUUUUUUGGGAGUUACGUCACAUACAUAUCAUUCCUUGCGGAACAAGACAACUUUAGGUGUGAUAAUAAAUAUAUAUGUAUUGUA